AUGUCUAUAACAAGCCUGCCUCCAGAGCUAUUGACUCAUAUUUGUCAGAACCUGGAGCCUCAAGAGUGGGGUGCACUCAGGAUCACUUGCCACGGAAUACACCGCGACACACUGGAAGCCUAUGCAACUCGCUACUUCAGAACUUUCUCAGUUCUUCUCACCCGUGAAGGCCUUGACCGUCUGGAGGAGAUUGCAGCAAGUGAGACCCUUCGGUGCUGGGUGCAAGAAAUUUGGAUCAUCCCGAACUUGUUCGAAGGCUGGCCAGAAAGGGACAAGGAAAUGUUCAAAAGUCCGGCUUUGGCAAAUCAGAAACAGAGAAGACUCAGAAGAUUGAUGCAUGGUCAACUGGAAGAAGCAAUGGAGCCUGAAGCUGAACUUGAUGCUCAACUUGAUGCUUUAUUUGCCGUUUACGAAGCUACAUCAGCAGAGCACCGUGCUAUUCUCAACUCCGGUCUUUUUGCGACCCUUGAAAAGUGUCUGCCACGUCUCAAAAACGCUACCACAGUUGGAUUACGGUCUUACCCCAUACAUCUCCUGCUCAGUCAAGCAGAUUAUCGUUUCUUUCACUGCCUUGGCCUGCGCGAAUUGAAGAGCCAGCUGAACACCCCUGUUAUGGAUAUUAAUUUAGCAAUGUCAAGCUUUCAGCAGAAGAUGUUGGCCAUGCCUCUUGGUUUGGCAUUCUCACAGCUGCUUAAUGCCAUAAUCAAAUCCAGCUGUCAUGUUCAGUCCCUUCACACUUGCGGGGGCGAUGGUUACGAAGGAUUUCGUCCCAAUUAUGCCUGCGGGAUGAGUUUGGGCUCUUUACAGCUGCUCGAGUCAUCGUAUCAGUCUUUGCUGCCACUUUUAAGCGACCUCACGACUCUACAUAUGUGCAUUCGUAUUAAAGAUCACGAACAAGAUCCAUUCGAUGAAGAUACCUUCCAACGUCUUCACAAUAUUUUAGUCGCAGUUGCACCCCGGUUGAAGAUCCUGACCUUUGCCCAGUGGAGUCCCUUUGACGAACUAUCUCCUCUCUACUUCGAGGAUCUCUCCCAGAAGAUUCAAUUUUCUCAGCUAGAGGAACUUCAUCUUCAAUCAACCGAGGUGACAGUCGAUACUUUCAAAUGCUUUCUCCAGACAGCAGCACCAUCUUUAAAACGGCUAAGUAUGAGAAGAGUUAGCUUAGUUGAUACAAUGACAGCAGUACCAGAUCUAGGGCCCCUUACUGAAGAAAGCGGUAGCUGGGGUCCUUCAUUGUCCUCUGAAGUUACAAACGAGAUACAGGAGCUCUGGUACCGCAUAUUUGAGUAUUUGACAAAUCAUCUCAAGCUGCAAUUUCUACAACUGUCUGAUCUUGGUUACCGUGGAAGAUACAUAGCGUUGGAAGAUGACUUGUAUGCGGAACGUGGCCAACCCGAUGCACAUCCUUCCAGUGACCCGAAAGAUGUAUUCUUCGGCGCAGAGAGGGGACGUCAGCCAAUGAAAUCAUCCAGCUCGAAGGAUUACUAUUUUGAUGCUAAGAAAGCGAGUAUAUCUUUCAAAGACUGGGUCACACAGCUUCGGAUCAAGAUGUUGAUCCCAGAAUCUGGAUUUGUCCAACUCCCAGGGACCAGCAACAUGAGCUUCCACCAACCGGGGAUGAGGCCUGCUCAGCCUGGGAAUGGCAGGACCAUAUAUAGGCCGCUGGUUUAA